GUUGUAGGGUUGAAAAUGAAGGUCAAAGAAAAUGGUGGUUUGAGUAAUUAUUGUCUUCAUAAAAGAAAAUGUAGUAGAAUGUUGGUAGAGAAAUGAAAACUUGUAAGUUAAUAGAGGAUUAGGAUGAUCCUGGUGAAUACUGGGAAAUAUAUAAAGUAUGUUCAUUGUGUGGAAAUGGUGUCAGAAUUCAGGAGAAUUAGCAAUGAGUUAUUCUUGGGAUGGUUAUAAACAAUAUCUGCAAUCCAAAAAGCUACUCCUAGCCAAAUGUGCAUUAGACGCCGACCAUAUUCCUUCAUGUUGGAGUAUGGAAGCAUUAGCAUCAUUAAGAGAUGGUUAAUCAGAGCCCAGGAGAGGUCAAAAAAAUCAGGAGCUCCAUUUGUAGUUAUAAAGAGU